AUGCAGUACAUAUCUCUGGUGCCGAUAUCACUGGCGCUGGAGGACAAACACGGAGGCUUGCGUAUCGAGCCAGCCGAUGACAUUGAGGCCGAGGACGAGAGGCAGGAGCGCAUUCGAAAGGAGAAGAAACAGAGAUUGGUCGAAAAGUUGAAGCAGCAUUCAGUGGUCAAACGUGCGCCGUCCCCGAAAGAACAGUCGCUCCCCAAAAUCGUUCAUCAGAUCAACUGGGCUUGGGAGAUCGAGAAGCUGCUGCAACGAAAUGUGUCACUCGUCGGAACUCGACCCAAGCGAAGUCUUAGUAUCUCUGAGCGUGUCGUCGAAUCCGCGACUACCAUGAGGGACUUUGUCAGCGUUUGGCUGUGGGAGCUCGUCACACUUUAUCUGUUUCCAGUCAUCCGGAUGGGCUUCGGGUUCGCGCUGAUGGGGCAUAGAUGCGCGGCGGAGCUGCUGUUGCUGAUCCUCGAGUGGCGAGCUCAGCCUCGGUACGCCGCUCUCAAAGACGUCUCGGCAACGGCGCAGCAGGUCGAGAUCAGGCUGUUGCAGUUUUGCUACUGGCCGAUGCAGUAUGUGAAAUUGAGGAAGAGGAAGAACGACUGGGAAAGCGUCACGACCAGCCAUCCAGAUUACAUACGAUUCUACAACAGCCUAUGGCUUGUCGCGAACGAUGUCAUCAUUGGCAUUGCUCUAGGAUCGUACAUUAUCGACAAUGCAGAAUGGGUCGCAGACCAGAUCAGCUCCAUAUUAACCAGGUAUACAGUCGAGGCUCUACAGAGCAGUAUUUCGUGGUUGAUGGGCUGGCCAGCUGGGCUGAAGCUCAACACCGAGCUUGCCGCGUUCCUCGGUGACCUUUUCCUAUGGGUUAUAGACUAUUGGUCAAGUUGCAUAGAACUCCUCCGUCCAAGCCUGCCGCAGGUGGUGUGGUUCAUCGGCUUCUCGAGCUUUGGCGGAGCCAGCAUGCCGAUUGCGCUCUUUUCUGAUCUCCUGUCUAUACUGACAGUCCACAUCUACUCCUUCUACCUCGCCUCGGCUCGCAUCUUCCACUGGCAGCUGACGAUCCUCGUGUCCCUCUUUCACCUGUUUCGUGGCAAGAAACACAACGUCCUGCGGAACCGUAUCGAUUCUUGCGACUACGACCUAGACCAGCUCCUUGUUGGCACUAUCCUCUUCACUUUGCUAUUCUUUCUCCUCCCGACAGUCGUGGUGUUCUACCUUAAUUUCGCCGUGGCCAGGAUGGCUAUCAUCAUGUUAAAGGCAGUCUUUGAUACCCUAUUGUCAUGCCUGAAUCACUUCCCACUCUUCGCGCUCAUGUUGCGGAUCAAGGACCCGAGAAGAUUGCCAGGCGGCAUUCGAUUCGAGCUCCGAGACACCAAAGAUACUCCUUCGGAGAAAUCCACCCAAGCUACGACAUCCGUGAUCUACCUCAAGUCCAUACCUCUAUCGUUCAAAGCGAUGUUUGAUCAGUAUUUCCAAAUGGGAUCACGGAUACGGAAGCACUAUCUAUCGCCGCGUGUUCUUCUAUGUCUCCUGACUGGCAAGUUCGUCCCGCCUAUCAAUCGCAAGAACCUGUAUAGUCUACAGUACAGCAUGCUUCCUGCAAGAAGGGCUAGCAUUUCCGACAUGUGGGAUCUCAUCAUUACCUUUCCGCCUCCGAAGAGGAAGUUCACGCUGUUACGAUACGAAUUUGAAAUGAUUGACGCCACAUCCUCUCGUAGAUUGCGCCCGAUUGAAUUCGUUCCCUUUGCAGCCGAACCCACCUAA